AUGACUUCAUUGGAUCCACAACAGGAUGCUCAAUUAUAUGUGUCUACAGUGAAACUGUUUGUAUCUGCUAAUGAAACUCAAUUGGCUAAUCAAAUCAAAGCUGUCCAAUCAGCCACGUUAAAUAGCAAGCCAUAUUACAAUACCACACAUAAUUUAUUGAAUGUCUUGCUAGUCAGCACGUAUCCCGGAACUAUACAAUAUUCAUCCAUCUACAACCUUGCCGAACUUAUUUUAAAUGAACCUGAACCUACCGAAGAUAUUUCCAUGCAAGACUCCUUUACCAUACCGAAUGAAAGAUCCCUUAUAUCUACAGCCAACGAUUUAUUACAUGAUAUAAACUCAACAGCUCAGACCCUAGGAUUCAACUACAAUAGCUCAUCAUCCAAAACGGAAACCUUGCUACAUUUAUUGCAAGCAAAAACGUUACACUUGAGUCAGUUUCACAAUUCAGUGGAGGAGAUCAAUGAUCUUUUUGAGAAUGCCCACUUUGAUGAGCUUCGCCAAUGGCACAAGGGAGUGCUAAGACCAUAUAGCCAUUAUUGGAUCCAUUAUGGUAUGGUUUAUCAAUCCAAUUGUGCAUCGCUUCGAGAGUACCUCUUAGCUAGAGAUCUAAAUGCCAAAUUUGACAUUCUUAUUGCUCCCUUGAGUUCUAACGAAAUUAGAGGAACCGAGUCGUGGUUCAAGUCGACAAUAUUACCCCUCUUGGAAUAUUUUGAUUUUGAUUUGACUAUUUUACAGAAUUGGAUGUUUCAUGAACAUCAUAAAGGGUCAGUGUUUAGAAAGUACGAACUUUGGCAUGAGACAAUAAAGUUGAUAACUGGAAAAGUGGAAGCAUCAAAUUUGGAUGGCAUUAUCAAAGAGUAUCUUGCAUCAAUCUACUACUAUGCUCUCAACGGUGAGUCUUCAACUCUCUCUUCAAUUGAAUUGACCAAAAUCUACGACAUCGUCAUUGAAACAUUGUCUUAUUUUCAAAAGCAAGACUUUCCACCACCAACGCUUAAUCUCAAGGAAACUCCGCAUUUUGAAAACUUUGACGCUUUUUUACAAGAUAGUAACCCCUUAUCACCAUUGUUUGACUCAAGCCAAACACAUUUUUUAAUUCAAGCAUUGAAAAUUUGUCAAAGAUUAUACCCUUUGAAUAAGCUUACAUUGAAAAAAUACCUUGAGUAUAAGUUCAAAGUUGGUACAGUGGACUUUCAAAAAGAGAUUGCUAUUAUCACGUCAAGUAUAUCUAGUUCUAAUUGGGAACAAUUGAUUCGUUUGGUGCGUAUAUUCCAGGACGAAUUUAUAACCGCCGAUCAAAAGUCUGUUGUUGAUUCAGUGCUCUUGGAACGCCUCUUGGCUGCAAACUUGUAUCAAGUUGUUGACACUCUUUUUGAUGAUGACUACUUCCAAUUAAGUGAUCAAAAGAUGUACGAUUUGGUGGUAGAGACAUUUUGGGAUAGACUAAAUCAAGCGACAAACUUUAAUGAAAGCAUUGGGUCAUUAAAUCAUGCCAAGCAACUUUUUAAGUUUCUUGAAAAGCUAUCAUGUUCCGAUGGAUUGAACGAAAAGAGUCAUAAAGACAUCAUUCGUUUUAAGCAUCUUUUCCGGGCCAUAAAUUCCAUAAAAAACUUUAAAUUGGUUUAUGAUAAGAGGAAACCAUUUACACCAAAGGAUUUGCUUCAGUUUUCAACUGAUGGGAACCAAGGGUAUGAACAAAAGUGUAUACAAUUGGCAAUGAUGAUACUUGAGCAUAAUCCUAAAUCAUACCUUGCAUUUGAUAAAUUGUUUCGAAUUUUGAACGACUUGUUAUUAUAUUUCAAUGAAGAUGAUUUAGAACAAUUCGACGCAAAUGGAUGCUUCAAUAGGUUGAAAAGUGCUUGUAUCGAAAGUGCCCUCAUUGAUAACAACUUCCAAUACGCAUACAAACAAAGCAUGGAGUUAAUUGAUCAUUUUGCAAAGUCUCCUAGUAUUGACGAAUUUUGGCUCACUUUUUACCAAGUGGGGAAGUACGUAUCACCAAAUUGGGUUGAUGAUGAUACUGAAGCUAGCCGGUUGGAAACGAUGAUCAAGCAAAGGGAAAUUUUGUCGCAAACAUUACAAAAGAUAGAUUGUGAUGGUCAUGUAAAAAUAAUUUUGAAUCAAUGGAAUAGACUUAAUGAGAAAAUUGAGAAAGACUAUCUGAAUAUUGAUAAACUUAAAUUUGCUGGUUUCGAGAGCAAGAGUGAUUCCAGGGAACCGGAAAUUAGUCAGGUUGAGCUCAACAUGGCUAGACUUCCUGACAAGGCUGGUGAAAAGAUUUCUAAUUUGUUUGUGUCUGGAUUGGGAUGGGCAAUCGGUGCCAAUAAAUAG